AUGAGUGACAACAACCCUGGCUUUGUCGAACCCACCGACCUUGCCCCGGCCACAUGCAAGGUCGUCUCCGCCGCGACUGUCGCGGAGAAACUCCUCCAGGAGGUGAAGAGCUCGCUGCAGAAGUUUGAUAGGGCGCCAUUGUUGGUGGGGUUUUUGGCAAAUAAUGACCCGGCUGCGAGGAUGUAUGCGAAUUGGACCGAGAAGACUUGUACACAAAAUGGGUUCAAAUUUGAGCUGCGCGAGGUGGACAAGGAGGAUCUGGAGGACAGUAUUCUUGCAGCAAAUGUGGACGACAAUGUUGAUGGUAUCAUUGUCUACUUCCCUGUGUUUGGCAAUCGCCAGGACCAAUACCUCCAGCAGGUGACUGCCAUGAACAAAGAUGUCGAGGGCCUUUCCCACAAAUACCUCUUCAACAUGUACCAAAACAUCCGCUUCCUGGAUGCUGCGCAAACGCAAAAGUCCAUCCUCCCGUGCACACCUCUCGCGGUCAUCAAGAUCCUUGAGCAUAUUAGAGUCUACAACUCUAUCCUCCCGUACGGAAACCGCCUGUUUGGGAAGACCAUCACUGUCGUUAACCGCUCCGAGAUUGUCGGCCGCCCUUUGGCAGCGCUGUUGGCGAACGAUGGUGCGAGCGUGUACAGUGUUGAUAUCACAGGGAUUGAACACUUCACGAGAGGAGAGGGAAUCAGGAAGAGGCAGCACCAGGUGCAUAGUACUGAGCUGAAGCUCGAGGAUGUUGUCCCUAGAAGUGAUGUGGUGAUCACGGGUGUGCCGAGUAAGGACUAUAAGUUCCCAACGCAUUUGCUGAAAGAGGGAGCUAUUUGCAUCAACUUCUCGUCUGAGAAGAACUUUGACCCCAGUGUAAAGGAGAAGGCGUCAAUCUACGUCCCUGCCAUUGGAAAGGUCACAAUCACUGUGCUUCUCAGGAAUAUUCUUAGACUGGCGGAAAACCGCCGUGGUACCAAGCAGGUUGAGGAAGGAAAGUCCGCGUGA